AUGACCUUUGGCCUGGCGUGCUGUGCUGUCGAAAUGAUGCAUAUCGCCGGGCCGCGAUACGAUCAAGAUCGAUUUGGUUUCAUGUUUCGAGCCUCGCCCCGACAGUCUGACGUGAUGAUCGUGGCCGGCACGCUGACGAACAAGAUGGCGCCCGCGUUUCGCCAGGUUUACGAUCAGAUGCCGGAGCCUAGAUGGGUCGUCAGCAUGGGAAGCUGUGCCAACGGUGGGGGAUAUUAUCAUUACAGCUACUCUGUGGUUCGUGGCUGCGACCGGAUUGUUCCGGUCGAUAUAUAUGUCCCUGGCUGUCCGCCAACGGCCGAGGCGUUGCUCUAUGGCAUGUUUCAGUUGCAGAGAAAGAUGCGCCAGGGAAGGAAGUCGCGGAUGUGGUAUCGCAAAUAA